AUGGCUGAGAAGAGAGAGCAAGUGAAGCCGUUAGCCCCGGCUGCUCUCCAGAUCAAGAUCGACGGAGAUGAAGACAUAUCAACGGAGGUCAGACACCAUCACCACCGAAAAUGCCUCAAAUGCUGUGGCUGCAUAACUGCCAUCUUCUUAAUUCUAGUUAUGAUCAUAUUAGUACUCGUGUUCACCGUUUUUCGAGUAAAGGAUCCCGUGAUCAAGAUGAACAGUGUAAAGAUUCAAGGAUUUGAUGCACUUCUGAGGACAAAUAAUCCCCGUCCAGCUAUUAACCUAACAGUUGAAGCUGAUGUUUCUGUCAAGAACCCUAAUGUGGCCUCCUUCAAGUUUAGCAACGCCACAACUAGUUUAUACUACGACGGUGGUGUCAUCGGUGAAGCUCGAAUUCCGGCCAGCCAAGCCAAGGCGCGACGAACUCUUGAUCUGAAUGUUUCUAUUGAUGUUAUGGUGGACAAAAUAUUGCUUGUACCAAGAAUAGGAAGUGACUUGGCUUCAGGGACACUGCCUAUAAGCAGCUAUACAAAAAUAAGUGGAAAGGACUGUACAAUUUCUUCUUGCUAUCUUAGUUUCCCUAUUUUCACCUUAUUAUCAGGCAGCCUUAUUUGCGUGGUGGUUGUUAAGAUAAGUAGAGGCAUUGAUUUUUGCAUUUCAAACCAGGAGGUUCCCAGCAGGGCACAAGAUUUGCCUUCACUGUUAAAGCAGGUCUGCCAAUGUAAAAAUGAUGCUGUAGUGCAAGCAGCAGUUAUGGUUCUGAUGAUCUCUGUUAAGAGUGCUUGUGAAAGUGGGUGGUUUUCAGAGAGAGAUUCCGAAGAACUGCAAAAUCUGGCGAAGGAGAUAGCAUGCAAUUUUUGCAGUGUAUCAAAUUUUAACACAGAACCAACCAGUUCACUUUCUGUCAUCUCAACAAUCACGUCUAGAUUUUACCCAACAAUGAAAAUGGGUCAUAUAUUCGCUUUUCUUGAAAUUCAGCCUGGAUAUGGUACUUAUGUGCGUGACUUCCAGAUUUCGAAGAAUGUUCAGUUUUCUCGAGAAGAUAAAAUUAGGUUAUUUAUUGUGCAGGCAGAUAGCAUUGAGACAUCUUCAUGUCUAAUUAAUCCUCCCAAAGUGAACUUUCUGUUGAAUGGGAAAGGAGUGGAAAGGAGGACUAACUUGUACACGGAUACUGGACCUCAACUUCCAACACUAGUGACACAUAUGCUGAAAUAUGGAUCAAAUCUUCUUCAAGCUGUGGGUGACUUUAAUGGAAAUUACAUUAUAGCUGUUGCUUUCAUGAGUACGAUAUCAACUCCUGAUAUUAAUGCCAUUCAAGAUUAUGUGCAACAUGUUCCUGCAGCCAUUGAUUCAGAUUCUGAAAUUAUUGAAGGGGCAUCACGGAUAUCAAUAAAUUGUCCUAUUAGCUUCAGGCGUAUUAAAACUCCAGUCAAAGGACAUUCAUGCAAACAUCUCCAGUGUUUUGAUUAUGACAACUAUGUGAACAUAAAUUCAAGAAGACCAUCAUGGCGCUGUCCGCAUUGUAAUCAGCAUGUCUGCUUCACUGAUAUCCGCCUUGAUCAAAAUAUGGCGAAGGUGUUGAAGGAGGUUGGACCUAAUGCCAAAGAGGUAAUCAUCUCCUCAGAUGGGUCAUGGAAUGCUGUCAUCGAAACUGAUGACGCUAUGAAGAAACCAGAGGAUAAGACCUCCAAUGUUGGACAUGAUGCGCCUUCAGAAAUUGAAUCUACUGGUUUGGCAGAUGCACCAGUGGAGAUUCUUGAUCUUACAGAAGUAGAUGAUGUGAUAGAUGCAGUUGCCACUCGCGAAAGUGAAGACAGAAAACUUUCCCCAACUGCCCAUCAAAGUCUUUCUAUGACUCAGACUCCAAGUGUCAACCCUCAAAUGGCCAACACAGAUGAUGUUAGUCAAAACAUUGAUCAGAUUGACGAAGACUUUUGGUCAGAAAGUGAAGCUGCUUUGACGAAUAUUUUGCAACUGCAGCAGUAUCAAUUUGGAAAUUCAAAUAUGAGUAACGAGUAUGGAAGGCUCCCUUCAAUAUCCAGCCAUGUAACAAGAACACCAAUUGCAAUUCAGGCCCUUCCUGCACAGACGCCUACUUCUGUCCUUCAACAGAGAUCAAGAAAUAGUACGAAUGCCUUUAUGCAGAAUAACCCUUCAGUAGCUUCUGAAGCCUCACCUUCUGCACGAUUGGUCCCGGAUGGUUUCUCUAUAGUCAAUUCAAGUUCAAUGCAGAUGUCCCAGAUGCCUUGUUCUUCGUUGCAGCAGUACUCAGGUAUACAGCAAAACCAUUUGGUUCCUUCUGUUCGCCAAUCUCAGCGUAAUAUUGGUCUUCAGGCUCCCCAUCAGGUGCCAAAUGCUUAUAGAGUUUCAAAUGAACUCCAAAGUUCAAGUCAAUUGCAGAUGGCAAACCUUGCGGCGUCUCAUUCAAUGAAUCAGUCUUUUGGACAAGUCCAAUCAUCAAUACAACCGUCUGCCAAUUUCUUGAGCCCUCAAAUGCAUGGGGUAGGUUCACAAAGUGGAGUUGAUCGGUCAACAGGCAUUAUUGGUAAUCAACAAUCUCGUUUAGUGGUCUCUAAUCAGAGAAAUGGACAAAUGGCAAGGCCCGUUGAAAUAUCGAGAGCGCACACAUAUUCACUGAGUGCUGAUGCUCGUAGGAUGCCUUCUGUGUCCCACCAAAUAGAGAAUACAGGAGGUACAUCAGUUCCAGUCCCAGGAACAGAUGCUUACGAUCAAGCUGACCAAAACUGGAGGCCCACAGCCCGGAUGCGUGGAGCCCUAUCUGGGCAAGCUUAUUCUGAUGCUCUUAACCAGUUUAUACUUCGGCCAACCCAGCAACCUCAAGCUGCUCGACCAACCUUGAAUGCGGGCUCACUUCCAGGUAAUGUCCCAGCACCUUUGCAACCUCUGGUAGCUGAUAGAGUUGCUCAGAGUCCUCAACUGCCAAAUCAUCCAUCCAUAGGACAAGCUAGUUGGCCUAGGGUAUCUGGUGUUUCACCCGAGGGAUCUUCUGGGAACUGA